UAUUCUUAUCAAACAUGUCCUCAACUCUAUACCCCUCCAAACCCUCACUGGGAACAAAUUCCCUAAAUCUGUCACUACCCUCCUCAAUAAAAAGAUGUGCUCUUUCCUUUGGGGAGACAAUAAAGGAAAAGACAAGUAUCAUUGGGCUUCAUGGGACAAGAUUUGUAUGCUGGAAGAAAAGGGAGGUCAGGAAGUUAGGUCCUUGGCCACUCUACAGGAAGCCUAUAGCCUCAAGUUGUCGUGGACUUAUCAUGCAAAUAAUUCACUAUGGAGUCAAUUCAUGAGAACUAGAUACCCCAGAACUGAAGAUGAGGACAUACAAUGGAGACCUAUUCAUCUCAACGAGUUCACACUAAAGGAAGCAUACCAAGCAAUCCAAGCACAAGAAGAGGGAGAGGAAAACCAAGACAUGGAAAUCAUUUGGAAAACAAAACAAUACCUAAAAAUGUUUUUUUUAGUGGUGAAUCUACUUUAUCCUACUAUCGAUCCUCAUUUUGGUACGACGCAUUUUCUUCAUUUCCCAGCUCAUCUCAAAUUCACUGUAGAGGUUGAGGAAGUAGCAGCUGGAAGAGAGCUGAAGGGAAUGAGACAUUCUAGCGAACCAGACUACUAUUACGAAGAUUACCUAAUGUCGAUUGUUCGCCGGAUAUAUUCACGUAUUUGUCCGAAACCUGCCACUGCAUUUCUUUACCUUUCAUCUUCAUCCAGGGAUGAAGAAGGGGAACGUUGUGCAGGGCGAGAGAAUGUUCCGGGCAUGUCAAGGAUUCAUUCUACGUUGCAGAAAUUGGUUUUGGGGGGUGAAGAGAAAGUGCCAGAUGCAUAUAAAUUUAUUGGGAUCGACUUGAGUGGCAUGCACUGUGCCAUAUUGCUCAUUGACAAGAGGGUCGUCUCUUCCGUCAUAUUUAGGGUAGUAGGCACAGACUUGGCGGAGGUUCCUUUGGCUGCAACAAGUGCGCAAGCUGAAGGACAGGGAUAUUUUCAGGCGCUUUUUUGUUGUUUGAAGAAGCUAUUAGGGUCCCUUGCAGUGAAGAAUGUGGUUGUUUCUGCCUUGAAAGAAGCUGAGCCGAUGUGGAUUAAAAA